GAACCAAUCAGAAUGGUAGUCUUUAGUGCCGUGUCGGACUGUUUUGAUGCAGUUUGCGAAAAUAACACUGUCUAAGGAAAUAUUGAAAACAAUGAUAAAUGCUUUGAUCAGCUAAGUAUUUUGAAUAAUAUACAUUAGCUGAACACGAAAACCACAUCUUCAAUGCGGACCACAUGGCGUUUAUUGGGUUAUUGUUUGUAAUUUAAUCAUGCUACAUGGUUUUAGCUAGCACAAAAGGGCUGUCAGGAUUUCAAACUCAACAAAUGACAAGAAGACGUGGCUUAAACAGUACUUUGUUUAUUUAGGCAUAAUGACAAGAGAGUUUUAACGUGUUAUCAACUACAGCGUUUUACCUGUGAAUAUUGCUUGUUAACGAUUUCUGAAAACCAUUUCAAAGCUGGCUCAACCUGGACAACUACUGAGAAAAAGGGGGCUGCGUUCAGCCUGCAAGAUACUGGAGUCUCCAGUCUUGUCCGAAAUGGAUUCCGCAAUCACACACCAUGACUCUCUGCUCACGAUCGGGGACGUCUGCUUUUUCUAAACGCCCUGAAGUUUACCCUGCCUGCUUAAAUAACUUGUGACCUAAAUCUUUGUUUUCAAUUUCUAUGACACUCUCAAUUUAUGCUCAACUAGAUUCCGUGGAAUCGCUUUUCAACGAACUUCCCUAUAUGUUUUAUCUUGGCCUGUUUUUUGUGAACGUAUUGAUUCUCUACUAUGCCUUUUUGAUGGAGUACAUCGUACUGAAUGUGGGGAUAGUGUUCCUGCCUGAGGAUAUGGACCAGGCGUUGGUGGAUCUGGGUGUGCUAUCCGACCCAGCAUCUGUCCCAUAUGACACGGACACGGAACUGGAUGUAUUCGAGGGAUACCUGGAGUAACCUACAGGAGGGGACGACGUGGCAUCGCGUGUAGGCUACAUCAGGCACGAACUAGACCGACAUCGAUCUUUGAUGAUGGAUAAGACUGAAUCAAAUGGGACAUUAUUUUUGCCUUU